AUGUCGGACACGACGAAACAGAUCGAGUCUCUCACGGCCGCCAUUAACAGUCUUCUCCAACUACAACUCACUCAGCGACAAAGCGGUCAGGAAGUUGCAUCCCAAGCUAACANAGCAUCGCACACAGAGAUAUACAAUCAUCUCAGUGCUCGGGUAGAGAAAUACCAUUACGGCUCAGGUGACGAAACAAAACCAUUUUCAAAAUGGCUACUACGCCACGAGUACACUGUGGUCACGGAAGCAACGUGCUUGCCACCUCAGAUGCAAACACGUCUUGUGUUAGACAACCUCGGACAAUCUGAGUUCGACAGGUUAGUAGAUCACAUCGCACCUACGGAUCCAACGCACAUGCCUCAAAACGAGCUUAUCGCGACUCUGAAAGAAUUGUUUCAAGACAAGGUUCCUAUUACUCGUCGUCGUAUAGAAAUAUUAAAUUAUCGCUAUGAUAAGUCAACCUCGAUCACCGAACAUAUCGACCGUAUCAACCGUCAUGCGGCCGACUUCGACCGAUCUAAAUUGACAGACGANAAUCUACGCAUCCUUCUGUUGUUGCAAUCGUUUUGCUACUCGCAGGACAACGACGAGCUAAAGAAAAUUGCUCUCCGAGUGAUCGAGAAGAAUCAAAAUGCCUCGCUCAGGGAUGUUGUCGCAGAGCUCGAAGCUCACAUGAAUGUCUCCUCGGGUAUGAAAACACUCGAGAACCCUGCNAAACAUCCUCAACCAUCCGUCUUAAAGUUAUCGCAGUACAAGAAGAGAAACACUUCGAAACAGAAAUCUGCCCCUGAAGAUAGUAAAGUACCGGCAGUGAGUAUAAAGUGCAACGGUUGUGGUGGCGCGCAUCCGCGGUCAAAGUGCACGUUUCGCGACGUGAUCUGCUAUAAGUGUUCGACCAAAGGACAUAUCGCGAAAGUGUGUCGCUCAAACGCGCAACAACCGAAGAUCGAGACAAUAGUCGGAACCGGCGCUAAGUCAAGUAGCGUCAGGUCUCANUCGCUUUGUUCGAUCGGCAAACGUCGACGACACUACAUAACAAUAUCGGUACUCGGUAACCUUAUAACUCUACAGUAUGACACCGGGUCAGAUAUUACGGUNAUCGGUAAAAAAGAUUGGAUCCGCGUCGGAUCUCCAAAACUUUCCGCGAGUGACAUCGUUGAACACGCGGGUGGAAGCGAACUCGAUAUUAUCGGCAGAUUUCACUGCACCGUUCAAGCUCGCGAUCGUACCGGUAAUAUUUACAUCAACGUCGCGUCGCGCGACGGUGUCAACUUAUUUGGAUUAAACGCCAUAGACAGCCUUGAUCUGUGGUCUGUGCCCUUAUCCGAGCUACAUCAG